AUGCGUUGUCAUUCAUUACAAGAUGAAUUAGACAAAAUGGAAAUCAAUAUUCUUCAAUUGAUGCAAGAUGUUGAUUGUAAAUUAGUCACAGAAAAUAAAUUACGCAAAGAAUCAAAAUUGAUGCGUACAAAAAUUAUGGAAUUGGAACGUUCUGUUCGAAAUCAUCAACUUGAUAAUUAUGAAGCUCUUGCUGAGCUUGAACGUUUACGUAAUCAUGUAAUGCGUAUUGUAUUCGCUGUCAUAUCUGAGAAUCAAUUCACUUCUAAUAAGUCAGUAGAUGGUAGUGAUACAUCAUUACCUGCCAAAUCUGAAUCCACUGAGAAUAAAGAUUGUCAAAUGUCAAGUUCAAAACAGACGACGUCAAUUACUGAACCGGAUUCCAGUCAAAAUUUAAGUCAAAAUGAAGAAUUAAUUGAUCGUGUCAAAUUUCUAGCCAAUGAUUAUAAACGUUUACAACAUGAAUUAAGAGAGAAUUGUACAGCAGAAGAGAAAAUUAAACAACGCAAUAAAGAACUUGAAAAUGAAUUAGAUCAAUUUAUACGUGUUUACGCAGAAGCUCAACAAAAGAUGAAAGAUACACCAGGACUUCGUUCAUCAGUACGAUUGAAACAACAGAUUGAACUGUUAACUGCUUAUGUUCCGACAAGUGAAAUUUUAAAACGAUUUCGACGUAUCUUGCUGGAUGAUUUAGAAGAUCAGAUGAAUAUACAACAACGUCUUGAAGAUAGUACACAGGAGGCUGUUGGCAUAAUACAAUCACAGGAUACUGAUAUUAAUCUACUGAAUCGUUCCGAUGAUUUAAUUAGUACUAUAAAACAUUUAGCUGAAUUAACUUCGACAAUGAUACAACAAAAAACAGAAUUAUUAAAACAAUUAAAAACUAAUGAAUUAGUUGGGGGACAUGAAGGAGAGAUUGGUAAAAUCAAUCAAAAUAAAGCAGAUGUUCAUAUGGAUAGUAAAAAGACAAAAGGUAUUAAAAGUAGAGAUAAAAAAGCCAAAUCUUUUGAAGAAGUUGAACAGAAAGGUGACAGAAAGCGACACCAAGACCAAACGAUUAUUGAAGAACUUGAAAAUGAACUACGUGAAACUCGUCAAAUUUUAGCCGAAAAACAAAAAGCUCAUGAAACCGAAUUAAGCGAAGCCAAGGAAGCCAAUAAACUUUUAUCUAAAUUACAACAUGAAAUUGAAUUAAAAGAGCAUCAAAUUGAACAGUUGAAAUUACAAUUAGGUAAUCAACAAAAAUCUCUUACCACUAGUAUUACUACUCCUCCUCCUACUACUACUACUUGCAUUCCGAAUAUCACUACACCCACCUCAUUAUUACUCUCAUCAUUACAUGAUGACGGUGACGACAGUGAGCAACGACCAUGUGAAUCCAGUAAUUUGAAGAAAUCCGACACACAAACUACUACAAAUAAAGAACAAGUUAGACAACAAUCAAGAACUAUUUGUAUUAUACAAGAUCGUUUAAUUAAAAUGAAAAAAGAACUCAAUGAGACUAAAAAUGAAGUGACCAGACUGAGACGUACAAAUACAGAUUUACAAAAUGAAUAUAAACAAUUACAAAUCACCAGUAAACCCGCUUCAGCUCAUUCAUAUGGUGAUGAGAGUACAAGUCCGAAAUUAAUUGAUAAAUUGAAACUUAAAAUCUCUCGAUUAAAAAAUGUUAUCAAAGAUCAAACAUCAACAAUUGAAGUAUUGCGUUCCGGUUUAGAAGGUACACAAUUUUAUUCAUGUGAUUCCAAAGGUGAAUUAAGUGAAAUACAAAAAGAAAUUGAAGAUGCAUUGAAUUGUGGUAAAAAAACUAAUUUGGAAUUAUUCAAUACAAGAACACAACUGAUUAAUAUGAAAAAUUCAUUUAAACAAAUGAAUAAGAAAUUAAAUGAAAAAGAAGAUGAAAUCAAAAAAUUAAAAUCUAGAAUUAAAGAAUUAAAAAACAAUCCUAAAGAAGAAAUUGAAUGUAAAGUAAAAAAUGUACAAGAAAAUGGCCAAAUCAUGGAUGUGAACAAUUCAAUUGAUGCUUUACGUGUGAGUUUUGUGAUGUUUUUUAUUGGGUAA